GGGGCCCGCUGCCCGGCCGGGGGAGGGGACGGGCAGGUGCCCGCAGGUGGAUUCGUUGCCCGGCCCCUUUCAGCCGCUCCCCCGCCGCCUGGCUCCUCCCCGACCCUCCGCUGCUGCCGGCCCGCCGUGCCGCGUCUGCUCUGUGCUGCGCUGCAGAGAACAAGGAACAGCAAUAUCUUCCUGCAAAGUGUUACUUGUCCUGUAAGUUUGGGCAGAACUGAGUUUACCUGACUCUACUAUGAAGAAGUGACCAAGAAUGGAUGCGACAUGAAAUAGAAGUCAUGCAGACUUAGUCACCAGUCUUCAUGAGCUACUUACUGUUCAGGCUUUACUUCCAAACACUUGAAUUGUUUCAGUACUGCUGACGAAGGAAAGAUGGCCUCUACUGUACGUCCACCGCCGUACUAUGAAAAUCGUGGCUUCCAGACAGAAAACUACUAUUCUGCCGGACCACAAGUAGGUGCUAACCCAUAUCCACAGUACUUCUCUACGAAUGUUCCAUCAGUGCCAACCUAUAUCCCAAGAGUUUCAACCCAUCAGUCAAGCAGUCCAGUAGCACCUUCAUCCAGUUCGUCCAGCAGGAGGUGUUCAUCGAAUAUAAAGAAAAUCAUAAUCAUUAUAUUAGCCAUUUUAAUAGUCAUCGGUUGUGCAAUUGCUGCUUUCUUCAUCUGGUAUUUUGUUGAGAAUCGUUGUCUCGGGUCCUUAAUAGAGUGUGGAUCUUCAGGAGUGUGCAUUUCUGCCUCACAGUGGUGUGAUGGAGUGACUGACUGCCCAAACGGGGAGGAUGAAAACCGGUGUGUUAGACUUUAUGGACCGAACUUCAUCCUUGAAGUUUAUUCACCUGUCAGCCGAACCUGGUACCCUGUUUGUCAAGAUGACUGGACUGAUGAUUUUGGAAAGAUUGCAUGUAAAGACAUGGGCUACAAUGUAGAUACUUACUACUAUAGUCAAGGAGUAGCAGCUGAAGUCACCUUUAAAAGCUUUAUGAAGCUAAACACAAGUGCGGGGAAUACAGACUUGUACAAAAGGCUUCAAAGCAGUGAUUACUGUGCAUCAGGAAAUGUGGUUACUCUGCGCUGCAUAGAGUGCGGCGUGUCCACUAAAAGCAAGGCCAUCGUGAGCAGGAUCGUGGGUGGCAACAUGGCGACACUGGGGCAGUGGCCAUGGCAGGUCAGCCUCCACGUGCAGGACACCCACAUCUGCGGGGGCUCCAUCAUCACCCGCGAGUGGCUGGUGACGGCGGCCCACUGCGUGGAGGGACAAUUUUCUGACCCGUAUGUCUGGAGUGUUUAUGCUGGGAUUCUGAACCAGAAUGAGAUGCUCCUAAGUCCUGGAUACAGAGUACAAAAAAUAAUUUCCCAUCCAAAUUAUGAUACGGAUUCUAAAGACAAUGAUGUUGCCCUUAUGAAGUUAGAGACACCGCUGAGUUUUACUGAUACUGUACGACCAGUUUGUCUGCCUAACCCAGGAAUGAUGUUCCAGUCUAAUCAGCAGUGCUGGAUAUCUGGGUGGGGAGCAGAAUACCAAGGAGGUAAAACAGUAAGCGACUUGAAUUAUGUCAUGGUACCCUUAAUAGAACGUUCUACAUGUAAUUCUGUCUAUGUCUACGAUGGCUUGGUUUUGCCUACAAUGGUCUGUGCUGGAUACUUAGAAGGAGGAAUUGAUUCUUGUCAGGGAGACAGCGGAGGUCCUCUGGUAACAAACAAAAACUCAGUGUGGUGGUUGGUUGGAGAUACCAGCUGGGGAACUGGCUGCGCUAGUCCCAGUAAGCCUGGAGUUUAUGGAAAUAUGACUGUGUUUACAGACUGGAUUUAUAAAAAUAUGCAGGCCAACAGAUGACAACGUGGUCUCUCAUUCCUGAUGAUCAUUGUUUCUGAGAACAAGAGAAAAUGAAGCCAUGGGUGCCUGGGAUAUUUAUUCACUUUUACAAAUGAUUUUUCUCUUUGAAUUUUUUUUAAUAACAUGAAGGAUUGCACAAUGAAUUCUGUGCUGGCUACAGUGACGGAUUUUAGUCACUGAGGGACUGUCACAAUAAGCACCUUUCUCGAUGGGGUGCCUGUCAGAAAGUUGUUCUGCCAACUGCUUGCUGAGAUUUUUUAGCUGAGUAACUUUCACUUGGUAAUCAGGUACAGGUUUAAAAUGGAAAUUUUAAUCACAACUUCAGAUUUUUGUAGCAGGAUGCUAAGACAGUUGGUUUUGUAGGGUUUUAAAUUAACUGUUAAGUAAUGUGAACAUUGAAUCUCCGAGCUGCUGGUUGGCAACUUAAGAAGAAAUGAAUGUUUUUUGGUAUAUAUGAAGGGAAGUUUUCAUGCACUACGGUAGUCGAGGCACAGAAAAAAAUACAAACUGUAUAUUCAGGUAGUUAUAAAUUCUCAGGAUCAUGACAGCCAUCAUCCAACUCAGAUUGCUCCAACUAAGAUCAGUCUGAUCCUCUCAGUAAUUAAAAGUGCUCUUCUGCCUUAAACUGAUGUGAAUCCUGAAAGGGCAGGACCUGCUGUUGCUCCCGAUGUAGGUGAUGGAGAGGAAUGCUCCAGAGCUGCAGCAGGAAGCAGGGAGCUGAGCAUCCUGCCAGCAAGGUCCCCUGGCACAUGCAUCCAGAGGAUGUGAUGCUGCUCUGUGGGGUGUGCUGCAGGCAGCAGACCUUGGGCUGCAGUGCACGUCUGGGGGCUGGGUGUUCUGGAUGAGGAGACACAAGCCUGUGUUUCUGCCUAACCAGAUGAACUACCUCAUUUAUUAAAUUUGGCUUUUAAUACUUUGAGCUCUCUUUUAGCUAUCUGCAUGAUGCUUUUAGCAAAAUACAAUGAAUAUCAGAGUGCCACUUCGCCUAGGAUUUGGAAAAUAAUUUAUAAUCAUAGUACAGAGGAUCGAAAAGCCAUAACAAGUCACUUUUAUUAAGAAGGAUAAUUUUUUUUGGAAAUAAAUGACUCUGCUAGUUUUA